UGGAAUGCCCCCGUUUAACACACUCACACACAAGGCACACAAACACGCUCACAAAGAGAGCAGGCGUCGAUCAGCAAUUAUAAAAGCCACACUAGUUAAAGCGGACAUGACUGAACCUUCCAGAGGUCUCUUUUACCUUCCUAUCAUCUAUCUAUGGACAGCAAUACAAAGCUUUGCACACAUCCUGUUGUUGGACAACUACAGAACAAGAUCUCUUUGCACCCUAAACAAAUUUCCUAUUUGCCUAAUUACCCUGGAUCAGGAGGGGUGGAGGCCGAUGUUCUGGCAUCUCUGGCCCCUCCGGUCCACCUGUCAGGGGAAAGGCUUGGCUGGACACUGCUGGUCUGUAUGGUGAGUGACUUCAGAAGAGGACGUCUGGAGGUCAGGUGGAGAUCAGCAUCAGAGGACCACAUGUCAACCGGACCAUACAGUAUCGCUGUAACCAGGAGGCAUCGCGGCCACAACGCUGUGGCAGUUAUAACAGUAGCGACCAGUGACUGGCCGUCAUACAGUUGCUCUGUGAGUCACAGACAUCGUUCAAAAGUCACGAGGACACACCUCACCACUUCAUCAGCUGAUCAUAACAAGAUUUGCUAUGAGGAUGAAGACAUAAAAGAUAUUGCUGUGAGGACAAACGCGGCGGUUGUACUGGCCCUGAGGCUUAUUCUCAUGAAGAUCCUCGUCUUUGAUGCUCUGGUGACCAUUUAUGUUGUUAUUAAGUGAUCGUUGGUACUGAAAGGUUUCUGAUGCACCAAGUGACCAUGAAAAGAAAACUAACCCCACAGAGGGGAACUUUUUCUUGUCUGAAGUCUCCACAGUGAGGACCGCUACAGUCGAAGAUGAUAAGUGUGUUCCAGUCUCAUGGUUUAUUUCAUGAAGACGGUUUUACUGUGAGAUUUUUGGAAAGUUUCCUGAAUCAAAUGGGAAUUGUUUCACUCUCAGGAUCACAGGAGUAGGUUUUGUAAUGCGACAAAUCCUUGGUCGCGCCUUUUUCAGCCGUCUCACACCGACUUCACAGGUGUUGCUGACUAUGGCAGUUGAAAACAGAACGAGUUUGUGAGGCCAAACCUGGUAUCUGAUUGAAGCCUAACCUCAGACAGACGGUUUAAUGCUCCUGCUGUUGCAUAUGUGUAUGUGCUUUUGUGAGACGAUAUGCGUGUCUAGUUGUAACCAUAAUACUGAAUUUCUUAAUUUACCAGAAAGAAAAUUGUGAGUGUUUGGAAGUUUCCACAUAAUUUCAUUUUUGAAAUAGCCUCAUUUUGCUUUUUAUAUUCUUCAAUGUAAAUUCAAUAAACACAAAGUAAGUUUGGAGUGUUUCGACUUUAUUGUUUUUUAAAUAAAACACUGGCAAACAG